GGCCUUAACCUAUUGUCGGGCCGCUCUACGGUAUACUUGCAGCAAAUUUGCACUGCAUCAAUUACAUACUCCUUUAAAAAGGAAACAUAUAAAAAUUGGAAGAAGAUGAAAAUGGCGUUCUUGGUUACACUGAACUUCUCUCCUCUUCCAAUCUUUGCUCCGCACAAGGGCAUACAGCAAGAGAGAACUGGUCAAUGUGCAAUGAGCCUAAGACAUACAAGAGCAACGUUCAAAACUAUCGCACCUGUUUGGAUCAGCAAAUACAUCACAAUUCCGAGAUUGGACUCUUGCUGCAACAUUGGAGUAGCACCCAGGGAUUUGUCUAUUCUAGCGUCCUUUCUUUCUGAUGUAAGUUAUUGUCGUCGGACACUAACUGGCUACUGGGUUGGACCCGAUACUGAGGAUGGUUGGGGUUUUGUAGAAGCGUUAGUUGAUGAAAUUAUGUGAUUCCUUUGUUAAUUAUCCGUCAGUUCUUUGCU